CAGUAGUUGUGAGACACCCGCAAAAGUGGGGUGUCCAUUAGAUAGUGUGUCACAAAGUGAAUGUUCCAAGAAUCGUGUCCUGUUGAUUUUUUGUAAUUUUAUCCUUGUAAACCGUGUUUUCUGUGUCGAAAACUGCUGCUCACUUGUAGAGCUCCACAAGAACAGAAGAAUCCCCAUUUCCUUGUAGCUCUGAAGGCGAAAGCGAAAGGCAAACCAUAAUACAACAUGGCGGACCGAAGAUCUGGCGGAUCUAGCCGUAACAAUUUCAACGAGGAGAAAAGUCCUGCCGACAUUCCGCCCAUGUCACGGCUGUUCAUCAUCUGUAGUAAAACCGUCACAGAGGACAUCCUGAGGGAGCAAUUUGAAAAGUUCGGUGAGAUUGAGGAAAUCUGGAUCGUCAAGGACAGACAAUCCGGCGAUGCGAAAGGGGUGGCCUAUAUUAAGUUUUCCAAAACAUCGGAAGCUGCCAGAGCUCUGGAGGAAAUGAAUGGCAAAACCAUCGGUGAUAAUUCUCGGCCAAUUAAGGUUUUAGUUGCGGCCAAUCGACAGCAAGGCUCCCGUAAGCAAACUGAUAACGAAGAAGAAAAAUACCUACGACUAUUCGUCCUCAUCCCGAAGGAAAUGACGGAGGAGUCGCUGCGCGAAGAAUUCGGCCAGUACGGUACCAUCGACAACAUCACAAUCAUUCGGGACAAGGUAACGAAGGAGGGCAAAGGUUUUGCGUACGUCAAGUUCAGUCGCUUCACGCAUGCAGCGCGAGCUUUUGAGGAAUGUGAUGCCAAGUAUAAGGCGGUAUUUGCCGAACCCAAACCAUCGCGGAAUGCUUCCGUGUCGUCCAGUGACAAUUUUGGAGGAUUUGGUAGUGGAAGCGGAGCGCCGAAUGGCUUCAUGGACGAACGCAGAGGUGGCUCCGGAAUGGGAAGUUCUGGUCCGAUGAUGGGAUUCGGAGCGAUGGGUGCUUCGGGAAGUGACCGUCGAGGACCCGGCAUGAACAACGAUCGGGGAGCAAAUUUCGGAUUCACCAGCAGCGGUUAUUCCGGUCAGAGUGCGAAUCCCAGUGAUACAUCGCUUACAGUACUGUGCAGCCCUUCGCUGAACCAGGAUCAGCUGUGGAGACUAUUUGAUAUUAUCCCAGGAUUGGACUACUGUCAGAUAAAUAACGAUUUUAACAACCGCAACGUGACUGCCACGGUGGUCUACAACAAUGCCCAGUCUGCGAUGUACGCCCGCGAUAAGAUUCAUGGUUUGGAAUAUCCGCCCGGUGAACGGCUAAUCAUUCGCCUGGGCCACGAAACAGCUAACAUGAUGGCCAACGCAGAUCCCUUCAACGGCGGAGGUGGUAAAAUCUCCGACCGAGACACAUCGUUCUGCAGCGUGCCCCUACCACCCCCAUUGCCGAUGGCCAACCCGAACGCCGAAGUCGCCCAGAGGUGCUUCAUUGUGUGCAUUCCCAAGGCUCUACCCAUCAGUGUUCUGAAGCAAACUUUCUGUCGGUUCGGAGACCUCAUCGAUCUUUAUCUGUUGCCAAACAAAAACUGCGGCUACGUCAAAUAUGCCAGCGAGAAGAGCGCCAAGAAGGCAAUGGAAACGCUGCAUGGUGCCGAAAUCUUGAACGUGCGGUUGAAGGUUUUGGAAGCUGAGGAGCCAAGCAACGACCGACGAAAGCGAAUGCGACACGACGAGCGCAUGGACAAUGAGUAAACCAGUUCACUGGAACUCUAGAGGCUUAAAUCUGCAUGAAACUACGUGAGCCGAACGGAAUGCUACCAGAAGGAUAAGAACUAUUUUACCACUUAAAACGCUAGUGACGAACGAACAAACCCUACUACAAACAGUACUCCUACUACAUAAAAUACAAGUACCUAGCCCCCACCAGAUCGAUUCUGAAAAAACUUUCAGAAUGAAGACCGUUUGGACUGUGCAAAAGAACGUACAACCACAAGAACAACCCAAAAAUCAAGACUUUGCUUCAAACUGCAUCGAUCGAAACGUAAGAAAACGCUAUGGACCUGUCUGGACGUCAAAUUCAAAACUGCACUCAACAACUGUAGAAGAAACAAAAGAAUAGAAGCAAUGAACAUCGCCCGAUGACCUCCAGACUUUCAAGUUACACCACUUUCCGGGACGAGUUAGUAACAAAAAAAAAAUCCAAGGGAAAGAAGACACUUUCCCGACGAGACUGGAAGAUAUGGUACAAAUGAACGAGAUAACUGAUCAUACUAAAGUUCGGGAGUGAAAAGACGACCAACUGGACUGGCACAACUGAGAACGUUCAGAACACUCACAGAGAAUUACGCUAUACAACGUACGCACCCUCAGCAACAAGGUGCCGCAUUUUCUGUUACUUCUUUACGUUUUCUCCAUACGGCAGUUUACUCGAUUUCGCCGAAAAUUUACGUUAUUUUAUUCAUUAAUUUUUGAUUGUGUUCGUUUCGUCCCGGAAUAUUCUAAAAAUCAUGUUAAUGUAAAUCACAUUAUAAAAUUCAUUUAACACUUUCUCAACUUCAAUUAAUAAUUUACAAAAUUACGCGAUUCGAAUAUUACUCAUAAGAUGCACUAAUUUGUUUUAAAUUGUAAAUUAAUUGUAGUCACAUUUUAAUGCUUUUUGAAUCACAAAAAAAUGAGAUUAUACACUAACUCUUGAAUUAUUCUGGCGAAGACAUAUUAAGACCUUAUGAACUGGAACGAUGGAUAAACUCACAAAAGUAGGUAUAUUACCAGCAACACUAUUCGACGCUAUCGUUCGCUCUCACUAUCAAAAGUAACAUUCACAUUCUUCAUAUACCACAAACACACAUUAUUCGUGACUUUUGUUUUACUGCAGAUAAUAGAAUGUAGCAACCAAACAGAGAGUACAUUUUAACUUUGCAAACUAUGUUUUUAUUUAUUCGCAAGCUAAGAAAGAUAACUGAUUUUAUAUACCGAGAUUGGAACAACAAAGAUUUCUUUUAUUUUUGUACAUUUGUAUUGCUAAAGAUCAUAUUUUUACGGUAUGGUUAGAGAUAUUGAUAGAAGUUUUAAAUACUAAACCCCCUCCGGAGUUUAAACAAUCCUUUAGCUGUUAAGCAUUACAGUAUCACUAUCAUUCUAUUCCAUCUCCUCACUAUCUCUAUUCUCAAUCAAACAAUCAAUUCAACAAUCCUCUUAACCAUCGAUACUGCUAUUCUUUAACACGCAAGAGCAAACUGGGUAAGAUACGCUAGCUGCGAACGUGGCAUCUAACGUCAAAAAGUUGCAAUAUAUAAGCUUAUUUUUGGUUCUGCAACUUAUCCCAACUAAACAUUUCCUUCCACGACAAACGACACAGUCGUACCCAAAAAAAUGUGGUCCAAUUGAUUAAUACAAACAUAAAGAAACAAAAUCUAGAGGUUCAACCAAACAAAUAUUCAUAUUUAGGAGUAAGAUUGGCCAACAGCCGCCAAUUCAAUCAUCGUUUUUUUUUCAUUCAUAUGACAGAGUAUGUAGAGCAGUUUGGACUUCGGGCGACAGCUCUGUCGAACCGUGCUGAACAUCAAACUCUACUGUAUAAUAAUCAAUAGCAGUAUAAUAUAAACUUCUUCCUGGGUAUUUUAUAUCAUUUUGAACUAUGCAAAAGGUGUAUUUCAGUAUAACUACACAUAACAUAUACUAUUAUUACUUUUACCGCUUAGUAUGCGCAUGAGUGUAUCGGAUGACAGCAACAUUUCAGAUUAAAUAAAGGAAUUACCAACAGUUUUUAA